UACUUUGUAUCUGUCCUUGUACCCCUGCCCACGCCCUGCCAGAGAAAGGAAGUGAGGAGCUGACCCUUCGCUUCCUGUAAUGACCCCUCUUUGCCUGUAUUUCUGAUUUCAAUGCAGCGAACCCGCCAAUGGCAGGGGAGACGUUCUAGCGGUUGCCAUGGAGACCGCAGAGCCACCGCGCAUCAGGGAGCUAUGACGUCAUUGCCGGAGCAAGUGCAGCCGCCACCAUCAUCACAUCCUGGUCUUGAACUCUGUCACGGGGCACGUGAGGGCGGGCGACCUCUGGGCCAGCAGGGAGAGGUGACCUACUCCAACUUGCCAAGUUGCCACCCACGACAUUCUAUUAGGGUGGCAGCAGCAGCAGGGAGACCAGCGGUCUCCGGUCCACAGAGAGUGUUAAGGCCUUGCAGCAGAGUCUGCAUCAUCAAACUCUCCUGGGAGGGGCCUUGCCCAGGACCUGGGAGCCACGGCCACUCAGCUCCAAUUCCGUGGCCAACGUGAGCCGCUAGGAACUUCCACGAGUGAGCUCAGAGGGGGCAGGCUGAAGAAGGCUGGGUUCCCCUUGACUGAGUUAGACCAGUUGGGUCUAUUAGUAGCCUCACCCGUGAGGCCUCGUUUUCACAUCAUCCUCAGAAAGAGCUCUCGGCACCCUGGAUCCUUCCGUGGGUCCUCGAGGCAACUCCACCACGCACCAGCGCGCACACAGCUGCUUCAAGGAGUUGGGCAAGAUGGUAUUUGGAGUCCAGGACAUUGUAUUGUUAGAACACGGAUGCAAGGCCUUGGAGGUGGACAGUUACAAGUCCCUGAUGAUCCUGGGGAUCCCAGAGGACUGUAGCCACCAGGAAUUUGAAGAUAUCAUACGGGCCCCCCUGAAACCACUAGGCAAGUUCGAAGUGGCUAGGAAGGCAUUUCUGGAGGAAGAUAGAUCCGAGGCAGCUAUCAUUAGGUUGGCAGAGGACCUCAAUUACGACGUGGUUCCCAGGGAGAUCAAGGGUAAGGGAGGUACGUGGAGAGUGGUCUACAUGUCCAAAUGGCAGGACAUCGAAUUCCUCAGCAAGCUCAAUUUGUUCCUGCGGGGAGAGGGCAGGACGGUGGAGGAUGUGGCCUGCGUCCUCAGGCGGGAGCUGUGUCCCACCACAAUAGAGCUGCCUUCCAGGAAGUGCUGCCUGUCUCCGCAGGGGGAGAAUGCAGACCAGGGGGCCACCGCCAAGGGGGAUGGGAUGCCCCCUCUUGAGGACCCAGAGAAAGAGAGCAAGGCUGAAGAGGGCAAGAAGGGCGAGAAGAAAAACAAGAAAAGUCGGCGCCGACAGCAGGCUUCUGAGAAGCUGUGAGGUGAGUGUGUAUGGGGGGCGGCGGGCUUUGCGGAGGAGGGUGGGAGUCAUCUGAGUGGGCACGGGAUGACUGGGAGAGCACAUAGCAAUCUGGCACUUGAGAGUGAGUGUGGAUAGGAGGUGAUGGACCAGCGAGUGGAUGACUUCUGAGUCAGAAUGAGUAUCACCGGAGUGUUCCGCGUGGCAUUUGACUUCGUGAAGAAAGCUUAUUUAUUUUGGUCAAUGAUGAGAAUUGUGCUAGGGCUUUGAGCAUGCUAUCCAAGUGCUCUAUCAGUAAACCAUUCACCCAGCCCCCUCGCUAGCUGAUUCUAGGCAAACUCUCUGUUAAUGAGCUAUGAGUACAGUGUGAGCCUGGUACUCUCAUCUAAGUGAACUUGUGGACUGCCGCUGAGGAGUGGGUGUGGCUAACGUUCGGUUGAGUGUGGGCCAUAUUUUCUUCUUCUUCUUCUUCUUCUUCUUCUUCUUCUUCUUCUUCUUCUUCUUCUUCUUCUUCUUCUUCUUCU